UGUGAAAUUAAUUUUUGUGUGUUUUUUAGAAUUUGAGAUUGUGCUACUAUGGAGCAAGAUCAAAUUAGUUUAAACUCUCUACCUGCUUUUCUGUCUAAGACUUAUAUGAUGGUCAAUGAUCCUACAACCAAUGCUAUUAUUUCAUGGAGUUCUACAAAUAGGAGUUUCAUUGUUUGGGACAAACUUGAAUUUUCGAAGGAUUUGUUGCCUAGAUUUUUUAAGCACAACAAUUUCUCGAGUUUUAUUAGACAGCUUAACACUUAUGGAUUUAGAAAGAUUGGUCAAAAACAAUGGGAAUUCUCAAAUGAUGAUUUUGUAAGAGAUCAACCAGAUCUCAUGAAAAAUAUCUACAGGCGCAGACCUGUUUUUAGCCAUUCUGCGUCUUUUGGUGCUGUUGUUGCUGCUGCUCCUCCGUUAACAGAAUCAGAGCGGCAGAAUCUCAAGGCUCAGAUAGAAAAAUUUAGAGAUGAAAAAGAACAACUACUUAUGGAACGUCAGAGGAAGCAAGAGGAGUGGAAUCAGAAUGAGAUGCAGGUGCAUUAUUCAAAGGAUCGUUUGCAACAAUUGGAACUGAAUAACCAAAGCUUGCUCUCUUCUGUUGGUCAAGUGCUGCAGAAAUCCGUAGAAGAGGCAAAUCUCCUGCCAUCUACGGUAAACACGGGGACAAAACGAAGUUAUUUGGGAAAUUUUCCCUAUAACAAUUUAGCAAGCAUUGAACUUCCGAAGGAAACUUCGGAAGGGUUAACUAGAGCAAACGCUGAGAGUGCAUGCGUUCUCGGUACAAACAUGGAAAUAUUAGAUCAGCUGGACUCAUCAUUGACAUUUUGGGAGAAUCUUGUAAAGGAAGUUACCGACACGUCUUAUGAAACUGGUUCAAACUUGGGCUUUAAUGAUUCUUUGAAUCGUGCACAACUAGAUUUUGAAGUUCAGCCCGAGUCAUCAGAAUACAGAAUGAACUCUCUAUUAGAUUUAACCGUUGUUCCCGAUCCUGAUCUAGUUGAACUCGAGUUAGAUGAUAUCUUUAUUUAUGAUCCUGAUGUACCAGAGCCAGCUGUUGUCGCGGUUCCUGAUCCAGUUGCACCUGAGACGGUUGUUACCGUUGUUCCUGACUCGGCUACACCGAAAGAACAACGUCUCGGAACAAUCCCGGGUACUAAUGAAUUUAAUUCACCAUUUUGGCAAAGAUACUUGGUGGAAGAUCCUUAUGAGUAUGAAUCAGAAAAUCCCCGUGAAAUUGCCAAAUAUUUCUGGAGCAUCAGGGAUCGAAAAAAACCUCAAAUUUAUCAAUCAGACAAAAAGCUUAGUGAAAAAUGAUUAUUCCUAUUAGCUUUUGAUGCUUCAGAAUUUAAAUGUAAUAAUUUUAGGUAUGCAUUGUUGGCUCUGCUAUAUAGGAUUUGUUUGAGGUUGCGAUAUCGAUGCCAGAGACUUGAAAAUUCUUUAUAUUGUUGACUUUAGUUUAAAACUAUCUUACUAUCACAAUAUAUAUUUUUAUUUUGCAUGGUUGCGGUGUUUUUUAAUAAAAAUAAAAUCUAGGCUAGAUUACUGGAUUUAUAUUUUUCAUAUUGGGAAAUAAAUUAUAUUUUGAGUUU